AUGUUAGGCAAACAAAGCGACUUAAAGAAAGCUGUUCGUGCAAUGAGCAUGCAGAAGAUUGCCAAGAAGCCAUAUCGGAAGAAAUCAUACUAUUUCCCUAAUAAAUCCAUAUCUGGGCUUAAUACACCCAUGAAAACUGAAAAUAAUGAGUAUACUGACCAACGAGAGACUGAGAAGGAGAUUUCAAGGGCAGAGACCCACUCACAAGAUAGCACAGAGAAGGAGAAUAGGGACUAUACCUCAGAAUAUCUUAAUUUUCUAGAUAAAAACCAAGCUAAGGAAAAUUCUAGGCUAUUUCAGAAAGUCUUGAACAUCCAUAAGGAUAUUGAGACGUGUAUGUCAGAGCUUAAGCAGGAUAGUAUUUCAAAUACAUUUCUUAAUGACAAGCCCACCACUGCGAAAGCAAAGAAGAAGACCUCAACUCCAUCUGUAAGGUCUCCUAGAAGGUCAGUCUCUGUUUCAACAGGCAGGAGUCAUCGGUCUUAUGUUGCUUUCCAGGCAAAGCCUUUGAACAUGAAGUUCAUUGAGAAUCUUGGGAUGGAAAUUCCGCUCAAGAAGUACAUAAAUUCUCAAAAUCGGAAACAGAGAAAGAAGAAGGAAGCGGAGUACAGCUACGCACCUCAGAAAAUCAACCUGCUCAGGAUCCUUCCGAAGAAAGAAUGGAUUGAGAAAAAUGACCAAGAACGAGAGAAAGAUAAUCAAGAAUAAGAU